AUGCCGGCUGUAGAGAAAAAGCCCUGGAUCGAAACACCUCUAAUCGAGUCUGCUUCCUUAUCAAAGACGGCAGGAUGCAGAGUAUUCCUCAAACUAGAUCUGCUUCAACCAUCCGGUUCUUUCAAGACUAGAGGAAUCGGAAACCUCAUCCGCAACGCCCUCAUCAACCCAGCCAACAAAGACAAGGAACUCCAUUUCUUCAGUUCUUCCGGUGGGAAUGCCGGUCUUGCAGCCGUCGUCGCAGCGCGGGAUCUUGGCUGCGGUUGCACUGUUGUCGUCCCGCACUCAACCAAGCCCAUGAUGAUCACGAAGCUGCGGGAUGCUGGUGCCACUGAUGUGAUUCAGCACGGGGACAGUUGGUUCCAUGCUGAUACGUAUCUUCGGCAGACGUUUAUUGAAAACCAGGAUGAAGGUGCUGCCGCGACAAAGCGAAACCUCUAUGUCCCACCGUUUGAUCAUUCAGAAAUUUGGACCGGUGCCAGUACUAUGAUUGAUGAGAUUGCAAAACAGAUGCCGCCUAGGGGGGAUGGCAAGGGCACGUUCCCUGCAGACGCUGUGGUCUGCAGCGUUGGUGGCGGUGGGCUUUUCAAUGGCGUGGUUGAGGGCCUGGCUCGAUAUCUAGAGUCUCAGAAGAGCGACAUUCCUGACAGCCAAAGCAAAGUCCGCGUUCUGGCCGUCGAAACCAAGGGGGCUGAUUCCCUGGCUUUAUCACUUCGAAGCGGCACCCUGCAGUCUCUCCCGGCCAUCACCUCCCUUGCUACAUCAUUAGGAGCACUUCAAGUCGCGCCGCAGACCCUGAAGUAUGCGCAGUCUCCCCCUGCUGGACUGGAAGUCGUCAGCGUUGUUGGCUCUGAUGCAGAAGCUGCAAAUGGCGUGAUCCGGCUGGCGGACGAGCUCAGGCUGCAGGUCGAAUUGGCUUGCGGGAUCAGCGUCGAGGUUGGCGCAUCGGGGAAAUUGAGAGAGUACGUACCUGAAUUGACGCCUGAUAGUCGUGUUGUCAUCGUUGUUUGCGGAGGGAGCAACAUCACUGCGGAGAUGGUGGCAGACUAUAGGAAGAGACUUCAGGAUAGUUGGGCUAGUUGA